AGUCGCUAGCUGGACGUGAUGUUGGCCGGAAGAGCAGCACGGCAAACAAAUAAAGACUUAGCCAAAACAGCUGAACAAUAGCUGAGCUGAACUGAACUCCAGGCCGUAACAAGUGUGGCAGUAGUUAGGUGUUCGUGCCGCUGAAACAACAAGUAUCCAGCACAGUACUUUCUAUUUCGGUUAGUCGGUCGGUCGGUUGGUCGUUUGGUCGGUUUGUCCGAGUGUGUGCGUGUUGGCCACCUAAGUCCUGGUGCGUGCGUGUGUGUGCGCGCUAACUGUGUUUUUGGAUGCAAAUCAAAGCGCAGCUCACCUGAAAAGUAUGCUUUAAAUUUUUACUAUCGCCACUCCGCGUGUGUACUUGUAACUCUGAAAAGUUUCUGUUUCUGUGUUUAUUUGACUACCGCGGCGCAUUUACAUAAGUAAACUUUGGCAUGCGCGCGGCCUGCUGCCGCUGAUGUAGAUGUAACGACGUCGACGUUGGCACUGAAUAAUUAAUGCAAUCAAGCAAUUUGAACCCGUUCCGCCGUGGAGUGUGCCUGGGCCAGUGCCACAACGGUUUCAACGUGACCAUAAUGAGAGCUCCCCAAGCUACAAGUCACUAAGUGUGCCCGAAAAGCCCAAUAACACAAAGAGAUAACCUGACCAAAAUUCGCAACAAAAAAAAAAAAAAAAUACAACACACAAGAAGCCUGAGGAACAAGGAGGGAAUACACUAUAUUUUUCGACAGAACUAUAGCUAUACUAUACCAUAUUAACAAGAGAGAGUCUACUAUAUAUGUACUUACUUAGUGCUAACUGACCACGCAUAUUCCAAUCAUAAAUUAUCGUGAUAAAAAUUCUUAGGCGCUGAAAGCCAAUUUCAAUUUUCACCCAAAAACGAUAGAAGAAGAAAAGCCCCUGAAAGAGAAGAGAGAGAGAGAGAGGGAUAUACGCUGUCUGCAGACCAACAAAUUACUAAUAAUAAUUUUUAGAUUUAAACGACAACAAAAACGAGACUAACAAACAUCUGCUGGCCACACAAGGAACGUAUACAAAUAAAUGCGGGUAUAUAGCAAAAUGUAGACAGCUUGGCAAAUAUAUUUCGAUUAAAAUAUAUACCAAAUUGAACUGGACAGAGCUUUGACACGAAAACCAAAUCGUUUGCCAAGUGAAUUUUAUGAAAUUCGCCUGAUUAUUGCGGCAACAAUAGAGAUAAGAUUCGGAAUCAGAGGAAAAGCGUUUAAGUGAAUGGGAAAAAGCAGCCAACAGGUUGUCGACGACAGAUAAGGCCAACAUUUUCUCGAAAUUGCUGCUAUCCAAGAAAAGCGCUAAGAAAAACACUUGCAAAAAUUAGCAGCAGCAGCUGAUGGACGAAUGGGCGGUUGGCGGCGUUCGGUGCGGGAGGCCGUUUCGUCUAUAAAUAGUCUUUGAACACUUUCUGCGCGUGACAGCUGUGACAGCGGCCAUGACGUCAUUGGCUGGAUGAGCCACGUCACGGAUGCGGUAUAAACUGGUCUGGCUAAGGCCAAUGAAAGCAUAUCGCGCAUACGCCCCGUUGACCCACGGCAAACAAAAACGCUCGAGUGUUUCCCAAUUGAAGCGCUAGACAAACAGCAGCGCCAUGGCAGCGCUAUGAUAUUAUUAUCAACGGCGGCAAUAUGCGUACAGCCAGCAGUAGCAGCAGCAGCAUCAUUGAAAGAAGCAAAUCCAACAGCAACAGCAACAGGAGCAACAUCUGCAGCAGCAGCAACCGCACAACUAGUAGCCGCAUCAACAGCAGCAGCAACAUUAGUAGAGCAGCCAUGGGAAUCGCGAGAAAGCACAGCAAAAAGAAAGAGAGGCGGAACACAAACAAGAAUUGUCAAAAUAUUUAAAUGCUUACAGCUGCUCGAGUCUCAGUCUAAAUUCGUCGUCGAUCGGUCGUAGUUCCUGUUGUUGUUAUUAUUAUUUAUGUUGUGUGUGUUGUUGUGUGCCAGCGACAUAUGAAUAAAAAUUGCAAAAAUAAAAUGGAAGUGUAACUGAAACGACUCGAAACGAGACACUAAGUCUAGUACCGUACCGAAACGAAACCAAACUUAACCCAAAACCAAACCAAAACCGAAAGUCAACCAAACGCACCACAUUCAUGUGCCACACAUAUGUAAACCCAGUGAAUCGAACAAACAACAGUGCGUGUGUUGUGUAAACAAACAAAUAUUUGUGUUACAUUCAAAUUUAAAGGGAAUAUAGAAAUGUCAACCCAACGAACCGAUACGAAUACAACUUAGCUGCAAAUUCUGAAAAACGCAUCGUCUUUAAGUAUCGACAACAUGCAGCGAUCCAAAUGACAGCACGUCCCCGAGAAUUGAACUAAACUUGAACUCACUUUGUGAUAUACCCGACUAGCAGAAAGUACGUUAAGCCCUAGUUGUAAACGAACCUAGAUACUCUCUAUAUUGUUUUGGUAACUUAAAGCACUUUAGUUAGACAACCCAAAAAAGACAGACAGCUGACAGCACUGCUAACUGAGAACCCUAAAAAGACAGGAACUUGAAUAAGACCCAACUAGACCGAACCCACCUAACCCUGAUUAGAGUUAUCCCCAAGAAUCCCUCAGAAACGAAGAGACAAUCCCAACAAAGCCAACAGCUGAGAUCCACUUAGCGCUGUGCCACCAUGCCACAUGGGGACAGUGAGGAAUGUACGUAAUAUAUCCCGCCGAUGAGCUCAUCUUGAUGACCUAUGGUUUCUUUGCGCCACGUGUGAAACCACGACCCUCACUCGACUGCCUGCCCGAGCCGCUCGUGCCCAUCGAGUAUCCAGCCAGAGCCACCAACACCAGUAACCUCGCCGGCCACCACACCAACAAAGUCCCAACUAACGCCGCCGUCCACUUCGAGGCCAUCACUCCGCCCAUUGCCAUCCAGCCAGCAACCGCUCCGGCAGCACUAGCCUCUUUCUACCCAGGAUCUCCGCCAGCCUCACCGCCGUUCACCUACCCGGGAUCACCUGUUCCCUCUAACUUCUUUGACUUCGAGGAGGUAGUACCGCCACCGACUUUUCAGUGUCAAUCUCAAAGUCUGCCGCCCACGCCCACACGCCGCACAUCGCGCGCCUCGUUAACUCACUCUAAUAACUCCAAUCUUUCGCAUCAGGGCUCCACGAAGAGGAGCAGCCUACGGAGGAACCCCCAGCGGCCGCCUACUGCGUCCAUGUAUAAUGAUUAUAAUGAUGCCAGCCAGAUGCAGGGGAACAGUGCCACUGGACCAGGACGAGCACCAUUCCAGCGCAGCAGCGCAGCUAUCGAUCAGGAUUCGGCAGCAGGAGGAGCACUAGAACACUAUGGGGAUCUCCGCUCACGCAGCCCCAGCAUCUUUCUGGAACCACCCACGCCGGAUCCGACGCACGCCCACUUCGGACCGGGAUGGGGUCGACCAAUGUCGCCCAUGGAUCUGCCGCCGGAAAGAUCGUCGGCCAGCGCAUCCGGCAGCAAAUCGCCCACCGGAAAGUCGCGUCUGCGGCCCAAGCUCCACCUUCCGCUGGGACGAUUGGGCCGCUCCAGCUCCUCGGACACGAGAGAGAGCAACAGACUGCGCGAGGAUGUGCAUGUGCACGUCGAGAAUCCCGUAUUCAGUAGCGAGAAUCUGCGCCAGAACAACUUCGAUGCAUUCUUCGAGGCCCGCGAGCCGGUCAUCAAGCUUCAUCCGAAGACCCCUAACACGGCGCCAGCGGAUGGCAGUGGGAGGGGUUACUCGCCGCCUCUGGAGAACUAUGCGGGUGUAUACGAUUCACCAAGGACGAGGAGUCCGGCGGGCAAGAGCGGCGCAAGCGGUGGCGGCCUAUUUGCGCGAUCGCCGCGCGAGGAUCGGGAAAGGAUGGCCGGCGCAAGGUCACGGAGUGCGGAUCAGUGCGACGGAGCAGUGGGCGGACAAGCCAGUGGUGCGGCGGCCAGGGGAUCCAACUCGGCGGGUGGCGGCGGGGGCGGUGCCAGUUCUGGCGGAACGCCUUCCAAAGGUGACAGGUUCUUCGGUAAAAUCUUCAAGUGGUCGAAGAAGUCGUAGGAGGAGGAUCUUUGGGUGGAGGGGACCACGAGGUGGUUCCCUUAGCCCCCAGGGCGGCAGCAUGGCGUCCUACAACGGCGUGCUCAAGGAUUACAGUCACAGCAGUUUGAACGAGGCAUUCAAAUCACAGAACAAUGUCAACUUUAAGUUAAUUAAAACAGUAUCCGAUUUCUCCGAAACACUAUCCCGUCUGUACGAGGAACACGCAACUGCCCUCCAAGUUGCGGUGUCCAAUUAUCGCAAGAAGAAUGCCGAAUUACGCAAAGAAAGACCCGCCUGCCACUUGGCCAUCUUUCAGGCAUGGGAAACAUUCCUGCAGGAGGUCGAAACCGAUUCACAGGCCUGCAACGACGUGGCCAGCGUCCUUUCCCGCCAGGUGUCGCGACCAAUGCUGGAUAAAUCCUUUCAUCGCAAAGUUCAAAGCCGUAAAAUAUUUACACACAGGGAGUCUUUUGAGACUAUUAUCGCAAAGACUGAAGAGAAGCUGUCAAAGUGCCGUGUGGACUACAAGCAGUGCCACCUGGCCCACCGACAGAAUCCCAGCCAGCACUCGCUCACCGAAUACAUCGACGCCCAUAAUGCGUACGUGCAGCAGCUGCAUGCCACAAAUGGAAUGCUGGAGGCCUACCACACGGACACCCUGCCCCAGCAGAUGCAGGAGCUGGAGGAGAUCCACAACGACCUGGUCGCCAUUGUGUCCGACUCGCUGAUGCAGGGCGCAGAAGUAAUUGCCGGCAAGGCCAAUGACCAAGCUAAGCGGUACAACAGUCUGAGCAACCAGUGCGCAGCUGUCUCACCUCAACAGGAUCUAGUGAACUUCGUCCGGCUCCUGGCCCAACCAUCGCAGGCCCAGAAGAUUCCCAGACGGCUCUUUGCAUCGCCGCAAGCAGAGGUCGGCGAGGAGGCGGGCGACCACAACGAGAUGACGCCCUGCCUGCGGAACGAGUUGGUCUUCGACCGGCACUCCACACUGUCACAACGCUCCGCGUUGGAGUCGCUGAAGCGGGAGGCCAUCGAAUUGGAAUUGCAAAUACGUCAGCUGCAGGACUCCAUCGAGGCUCUAAAUCGAACGCAGACCCGUGGAAUCGAGGGUCAGCUGUACAACAAGGUCAAUGAGCUUCAAGAAGAUUUGUCCAUGAAGAAGUUCGACCUGCGAGCCAAGCAGAUCCAUUUGGCGGCCAUAAGGGCUCAGAAGGAUCUAUUCGUGAGCAAAGUUGAGCCGACGUCGCCGCGAAACGAACGCAAAUUCUCCGCUGCCACAGCGCCAUCGAUGAAAACAAAGUGGCUGAAAGCAUUUAAGAGCCUAAAGCCUGCUGGUUCUGGUUCAGCACAACAAGCAGAUAGCCAACCACCCCGACAAAAUCAAAUGUACCACGCCGUAUCAACCGUAUUGACUUUGAGGCGCAAUGGAGCCUCCAGCACAGCCUCCGAGCCGCUGCGUCCCAAUCUGGAUGGCAGCCACCAUCUGCAGGAGUACACCUACAAGAAGAUAACGGCCUGCGACGUCUGCUCCCAGAUUCUGAGAGGGCACACACGCCAGGGAUUACGCUGCCGCAUCUGCAAGCUGAACGCCCAUGGAGAUUGCGCCCCCAAUCUGCCGCGCUGCCAGCCAAAGCAGAAGCUGCUCCGGCGACAGAAGAGCACAUCGGAGCUGGAGAAUCGUGUUGAUAUCGAGGAAGAAACAGGCGCCGACAAAUCCGUCCAGGCCAAGCAAAUGGAUGGCAGCGUCGCUGGAGGAUCGGCUCUUCCGGUUCCGGUUCUCUCGGAGCGCGAACUGGGCAGAGCUCCGCCGCCGGAUAUACCGAUUGUCAGUGUCUCGGAGCUGGCCCUGCAGGAGCAGCAGCAGCAACAGCAGCAGCAGCAACAGCAACAUCAGCAGCAGCAGCGCAGUUUGGCAUCGGUGGCGCAGGCGGCGGCGGUACGGGCGGGACGUGGUGUACGUCCGCCGCCGGUGGCCAUGCCCAUUCUGGGCGUACAACUGCAGCAACAGGAGCUGCAGCAGCAGCGCGGCGGACUGCCGGUGCCCAGCCAAGAUAUAUCUAGUAGCUCAGCACCGCACUCACCGCGCCGCCAAAAGUUGAACUUACGCAUGAAAUCCCUGAGCCUGGACUCACCAGAAUCGUCGGAGCUGCACGGCCAGUUCAGGCGUAGAACCCAACUGCCGGGCACAGGCGCCUCCACAUCAGCCGGCUCCGGUUACUACCACGGUGGGUCCGGAGGCCACCUGGAGCACAGCACUCCGCCGUCGAACAACAGCCGUCUGCACUCACCAUCGAGCCCCUCGCAUCCGGGCCGCAAGCUACUGUACGCCACCCGUGGAAUGCGUGGUGGCAGCGUCGAUCUGCCGGACGAGAUGGAGAAGUCGCAGUCCUCGGCCAGCACCUCGCCGUGCCUCUCACCCAAAACCCAUCGUCUGUUGCCCACGAAUCUGUAUGUCAUCAUCUACAACUUCAAGGCGCGACAUGCCGAUGAACUGGAUCUAAAGGCUGGCUACAAGGUGACUGUCAUUGACAAUUCAGAUCCGGACUGGUGGAAGGGAAAAGUGCUGGGACGAGUUGGAUACUUCCCAUCCAAGUACUGUGUGCGUCUGAAUGCCAACGAGAAGCCACUGCAGGUGACCCACAAUCUCCAGGUGUCGGACAGUGAACGCGGCGAGAAUCUUACCCUUCUAAGGGACCAGAUUGUCAUACAGACCGGCGACGAGGUAAACGGCAUGGUAAUGAUCCGAGCCGCCGAGCACGGGCAGGGCUACUGCCCCAUCAAGUAUCUGCAGGAGGUGUGACAGCCAGAAGAGGACGAGCCGCCCUCCGACGAGCGGGACAGACCGCAUAAGUCGUCCAUGCAGACGUCAUCGUCGCGAACCGCGGACAAGACCAAGCGUAGGAUUAGAAUAGUAGUGUCCGAAAACCACAACGUAGCUGCUAGUAGUGUUGCACCUGCACCACCCACAACCGCCUUCAACACCACCACCCAUCACCAAAUACCGAGGGAAUCCGAUAUCGAGACGAAGCGGCUAAACAUCGACUACGGCGAUGAGGGCAGCGCCGAUUGGGAUAAGGACCGCGAGGUGCUCAUCCUGUCUGGGAGACGGAACAAGAAUGAUAAAAACUGGGAGAACUGGGAGCGCAUCCGGGAGCAGAAGCUGGAGAAGAUGAAGGGCAUUUGUUUCGAGAGCUAUCGCCAGUCCAAGCGGGACAAGUUACUUCAAGCUAAGCCACGACCCAAACAACUUGAUUCCACCUGGUAUACGGAUAACAUCUACUCGAACCGCUCCGAUGACAUGGACGAGGACUACGUGCCUGAUUGCUUGAAAUACGGACCUUUCCGCACACUGAGGGACAUCCACGAGCUGGACGAGAAGAGUGGGGUUACGGAAGAACGUCGUGUUGAGGGUGAAGGAUCCCCCGGCUAUGGCCUGCAUCGUUCCAAGAGCUGCAAGGAGUUUCAAUACCCCAAGUCACAGAGUUGGUGCUUCGAGGGCAAUGUUUUUGAAGCUGGCGGCGGUGUGGCCAGCGGGAGUGGUAGUUCAAGCGGUGCUCCCCCACCAACCACCUCCAUCCUGAAGAAUCGAGCAGGUGUUCCCAAGUCAUACUCCUUCAGUGCCACCACUAAGACCAUGCCGUUUGAUAUCAUCGACUAUGAGCUGCCUCCUGUCUCGAAUACGCGACGGGAGAAGAAGGAGGCUCUAAGGCGGAACAUGAAUGCCCUCUGCAGCAGCAGCCUGGAUCGAUGUUGCGCCCGGGAUCAGUGCACCAGCGCCCGCUGCCUGUUGGAGGACAUCUAUCCGGGAUCGAGGAUGCGACCAAGGACAACCGGGGCGGGCAGCAAUCGAAAUCUAAGUGCGGCGGAUUGGCUAUUCGAGGAGCGGGCUGGAAGGCAGAGAACGCCCGCCGCUCCAACGGUUAUUUGUUGUUGCUCUGCGGCGGAGGAUUGUUGUUGCCAUCGCCAGCGGCAGCAGCAACCGCCACUUCCCGCUCGCCCAAGAUCACGACCCCUAUGUCCCGGUCAUCAUCCCGCCGCCGAGGAGGAGGAGCACAUGCACUGCCGUUAUGACACCGACCUGGAGCACUUCAUACGCGCCGAGCGCGAGCGCCUCAUGCUGCAGGAUAAGUUCCUGGACGAUGAUGAGCGGUAUUUAGCCGCUGCUCCGGCUCCGCGUAGUCCUGGCAGACGGUAUCCGGCGGGAAACUAUCACCGGCCUCCGCGCAGCAAGUCACUGUUGGAGAUGCAGCCGCCAACAAUUCUGUACGACGAGGACACCUGUUCGGACACCACAGAGAUCGAUUUGGAGGACUUCAACAUUGACCUGGAAAAGUACUGGGAGCAGCUGGACAAGCCACCCAGUCCCAUCAACAUGGACAUGCGGCGGAACAUGCAUAGCAGUCUCAAGGUGAAGAACGUGAAUGUCCGGUGCUACAACAAUGGCCAGCCCAUCGAUCUGCAUGACCGUGAGCAUGAGCGGCUGAUGAUCAAGAAAUCGCUGCUCGAGGGGAUGCCCUCGCCACCGCAGCUGGACUCCAGCGAGUCCUCGACCAAUGCGGGCGGCUAUCCUUUUUUUGACACCGCUCCCGCCGUUGCGCCUGCCCCCGCCUUCCACCACCAUCCGGCCUACGGACAACCGCAGGGCUAUGGCCACAAGGUGUAUCCCACGGUGGACACGCUGCCCUCUUAUCAGUACAACAACUUCUACCCCGAGCACAGCCAUCCGACCGUGGGAAGUGUGCUGACUCAGCAGCCGACAGCUGGUAUCCAUCAUCCAUCCGCCGGCGGUCACUCGGCGCUCAGCCUGAUCAACAACAUAUUUUCAAUCUACAAGCCCAACAAGUACUCGCCGGAGAACUGCCAGAUGAACUACGAGAGCAAGCCGGAACCGUGCAAGAAGAUGAAUGUGCCCAGUACCCACAGGCCCCUGGGAGCAGCCGCGCAUCCGUAUCCUGCCCACGACUACAUGCACUCUUCGAUGAAGAGACCGCUGCUGGUGAGCGCCGAUCAGCCGCACUUUAAGAUCAUUCCGGAAAAGACUGGGCUAAAGAUCUCGCCUCUGCUGAGCUACGAGGAUUACGGCGGAGGUGGAGGUGGCGAGAAGGCGCACCACAGACUGACUAGCACGGCAAGGCCUCUGAUGCUUCCGCACUGAUGGUGCUGGACCUUUCCGUGGUAUGGCAAUGGCAAUGGCAAUGGCAACUAUUGUUAGUUGGGCUCCCACCCAUCCAACUAUCCCCAAAAAAGACUCGCGAGCAGCGAACAGCAACCCAAACGCACAAGAAAACUGGGUCCAGCCAAGGAAGAAUAACAUACGUUAACAGAUAUCCAUCGGAGGAGCAUCGGGAUCAGGAGGUGGCUAGCUAAUCAGAAUCCUACCCGACACCCUCCACCUUCCACUCCACCAACUCGCCGUCUUCGUCGUCGUCGUCGUCCAUCCGCACAAUUUGCUUUUGGUUUAGCAGGUGCUUUGGUCAGGUGUUCCAUCGAAGCAUCAUUGACACUCCAGCAACGGUAAACCACUCGAACAACAACAGCAACUACAGCCAUACCAUUGGAAAUCAACAGCACUUCAGACAACAUCAACAGAUCUACCAACAGCCACAUGUCAGAUGGAGGUCGCAGUGCAAGUACUUGUAAAGAUUUGAUCAACGGAUCGAUUAGGAUAAGGAUAAGCCCACACAGUCCUCACCCCAAACAAUGGACACAGAGACACACACAUAUGUAUACAAUCAACGUGCUUUUAAUUCGCUUAGAAUCGCUAUAGAAAUCGCGUUGCAGUUCGAUUAACCACUAAUCAACAGAUUCACUAAUUUUCGAGCAACUUUUAAGCAAUCAAGAGCGUAUUCAAUAGAAAAAAGAGUAGAUAUAAGACGGAAGAGUUAAGUAUUAAGCUGUUCAUAUCGCGCGUUUCAUAUUUCAGUAUGCGCAUAUUGUAUACCCUAACUCUCUGUAGAAAACUAAACGGAUUUUAUUAGUACUGAAGAUUUGGGAGAAUACAUACAUACAUACCUAGACUCGUGAGUGUCAGCGAGACUUAUUUUGGCCUCAAUAUAUUGCGAUAAUUUUGAGAUGCAAAUGAAAACUAAGGCGAACCGUUUUUAUUGUCAUCAAAUUUUUUCUAUUUUUUAUACCAAAUAACUUUGAAUCAACUAAACGGGAGGAGUUAUUGAAAUUGCUAUGCUCGAUAAGGCUAGGAGCUUUUCCCAUAAGUUGCGGCUACUAGGAGCGAUUAUACGAAAGCAUGCCUAUGCUAUUUAUAUAUAUGAUUAGGUGCGGUACGGAUAGGUGUGCGUUGAGAACUCGAUAGAAGCGCUUUUUAUAAACUAACUAGAUUUGUAUCGAAAUGUGAAACAUUGAAUAUGAUAAACAUGAAUUGUACUUUUAUGAUGUAUGCGUAUCCACUGGCCUUAUUUAUUGAGAAGUAACCAAACAAUGAGCUGAACCCCAACACACACAAGUGAACACACACAUACACGAGAACACAGCGAGCGACAAAGAGAUCCCAGAAAAACAACUUGAGAAUUACAAUUGAAUUUUCACUAAGAUUCAGGCUUAGGGCUUUGCGUCACUUUUGUUAAUUGUUUUUUGGCGUCCAAUUUUACAUGAUAACUAUUGUAGGACUCUAGACAAGCAAAUCGAAACUAUCGAGAGUAGAUUAACUAUCGAGUAUUUUGUAGUGCGUAAGCUAACUAAAACAUAAACCAAACCAAAUGGAGAUAACUUUUUAGCGCGAGACUCCUUGUGCAGGAAGAUUUUGAAUUUGAAUUUAUUUUUAACGACUUUUGAAUACAAGACGAAACAAUGAAGAUGACAUUUUAUCAGAGAUCGUUUUUUACCUAUUUAACAUUUCCUCGAACCACAUACAAAACAACUAUUUGCUAAGUGUACCCUAUGGCCUAUGAGUUAGUUAUAAGAAAGUGUUUUCCAAGCCCCGCUUAGACCACAACACUAAAUAAAAAAAAAAGAAUUGAGAAGACGGGAGAACACGGGGAAUUCUGCACAAAACCCAGUCUAUGAAAUAUUCACACACUGCACCCAAUUAAGUGUACGAUAUACAUAUGUAUCGAGUAUUUACGAUCACGUCUAGGAACUAAGGAUGAAUUGUAUUGUAUUGUAAAAUGAAUGGAAUCGACGAACACGAAAAACGCCCAAAUCUUAUGAGUAUGUAAGCAAAGCCGAAAACUUGAAUUCAAACAGGAUAACCGCUCCCGGCGGUCAUCUCAACUGCUGAAAUUGGCACUUAAGUAUUUAGGUAUACACACCGCAUAUGUAUGUACAACUUAGUAGAAAUUUCGACUAAACUAAACUGAACUUGGAAACGUAGCGCGACAUUUGUGUAAGUCAAAGGUCCCCGAGAGCCCGUCGAUGGGUUCGCUUUUCGAGGGGCCAACUUCGCAAAACAGCUUCUGGUUUUUAGCGUAAGUUUUGUUUCACAUAUAUACGAUUAGGUGACCAGCAUGACGAUACACCUGGCGCACCUGCAGGUAGCUAGCGAAUAACAUACAUACAUGCAUGUAAACAACAGUAACUAGAAAAUGGAACAAUAUAAUAUCAGUGCAACGUAAUAUAUCAGUUAAAAUAACAGAGGCAAACAGAACUCCACUCAUUUAGCACUACUACCUGCAAUUUGAAUGUGAAAAACAACACAAUCCCCUCAUCCCAGCCCCCGCUUCUCCGACGCGUCCCCAUUAAUUUACCUGAAUUGCAAAUAAAAAGAUGUUCAAUUCGAUGUGAAAAAACAAC